AUGAACUAUUCUUCGCCGCGAACCCCCGGAUCCACGCCGAUCCACGAGUGGGAAUACUCCCGAAUGUCGUCGGCCACGCCCACGCCAUCGCCGCGGACCACCUGGUUCGACUCGGCAACCCCCCGGCGCCCGGCCACCCGUGCCGCCCACCACUCCCGGUCGAGCAGUUAUGCCCAGCAACAUGGCUCCUUCACUCCGCGGGCCCACAUGGAGUCCCCGCGCUACAAUAGCUAUGGGGACUACUGCACGGUAGAUGUGAGUGCCAAAGAUUUCUCGUCGUCGCGCCGGCCUUCGGGUCCCUUCCCGCCUUAUCCCGCGCGCGAUCGCCGGCACUCGUACGCCCAUGUCCGGGCUUCCACCCCGUAUGGACAAUCAGACGAGGACGAGAUCAUCGAGGUGGACCGGCACAACAUCUUCUUCCUGCCUGGCCAGUCGCGGUCCAAGGGUCGUCGCUACGCUCAUGGUCCAGUUGACGAUGGGGUAUGGCACGCUAAUCACGGCGACUACCUGCAGAGCGCCGCCCACUACGCGGAUCCGGCCUACGCCCGCACCGCUCACCAUUCCCACGCCCGCCGCGCCUCGGCUUCGGUGCCCCAGCGUUCGGCAACCACCAAACCCACCAACGCCAACCGGCCCAAGCCGCCGUCGCCCGCCAAGGCCACGGAUGCCGACGCCCGCCGGCACAAGAUUCCCACGGGAUACUCGCUCAAGAACUGGGACCCGUCCGAGGAGCCCAUCCUACUGCUGGGGAGCGUCUUUGACGCAAACAGCCUCGGCAAGUGGAUCUAUGACUGGACCGUCUACCACGAGGGCGCCACCACGCCCAUUGCCGAUAUGGCUGGUGAGCUCUGGCUUCUCCUCAUCCAGCUCUCUGUCCACACCAAGGAAGCCGAGGACAAGGUGGGCCAGGUGCGCAGCGCGGAGAACCGAGAAAUUGUGGACGAGUUCAUUGACGCCGGCGAGCGGCUCAUGGACAAGCUGAGGACGUUGCUCAAGGCCUGCGAGGCACCCAUGCUCAAGGCCGCCCGGAAGAAGCAGUCGAGCCUGGGCAAGAACUCGGGCGUUGAGUUUGUCGAGACCCUCUUUGGCCGGGACCGGGAGCUGGCCAAGACGGAGAAGUUCAUGCAGAGCGUCCGGCUCUUCAACCUCCGGUUUGAUGCCAACUGCUCCGAUAUCCUCAGCAAGCCCACAGCCUAG